AUGGAUGGAUAUUGUUCGGCGAUACGUUCUAUCAUUUACAAUAGGGUAAAGGUUAAACAGCAAUUGUUAAAUGUUAAGUAUGCAAGAAGAAAACUUGCAAAUAUCAAAGAACAACUUCAGAAUUCAGCGUUACUUUAUCCAUUAACAAAACAACAACAUUUGCUAAGUAAAAAUGCAUUAAUGUUGGAUAAUAUAUUGGCAGCAAUGCAACAUAUAAUAGCGGAAAUUGAUGAACAAUUUAAUUCAACAUAUUCCGUUAAUUGGUACAUUGCACUAUUUAAUGAAGUUUGGCAACAAUUUUAUCAUACUCAUCAGAAUACACCGAAUACUUCACAAGAUGAAUGGUCAUUACUAGUAAACGGUAUGAUUGCGAUCUAG